AUGGCUGCCAUGAGCCCCCAGGCCUCAGUCGUUUCAGGCUCCUCGGUUGGCGGCUCCAGGCGCCCGACUCUAGAGUCCGGAGAUUGUGAUAAAGAAAAGGAGAGCAAGUCUGAUGAAUCCUUAAAAAAUCAACAGAACCCAUCUGCUCGAGGGGAUCGGGGAGACUUUACCACAGAGGGAGAACUAACUGCAAUGGAGCACAGACCUUCGUCAGCUACCAGGACUCCAUUAAAUUCCUCCACGAUAACUUCAAUCGAGGACUCGACAGCCUCGACUGACCUUGACGAAAGUCUUUCGUAUUUCUACGCAAAUGAUUCGAAUUGGAGUCAGGAGAAUAAAACUAAUCUGAUUAUCAACUACCUCCCUCCCUCUAUGACACAGGAAGAAGUGCAUUUACUCUUUUCUGGGAUAGGUGAGGUUGAACGCUGUAAGUUAGUACGAGAAAAGACGACAGGCGAAAGCCUAUGCUAUGCCUUCGUGAAGUUCUCCCAUCCAGAGGACGCCCAAAGAGCGAUAGCCGAUAUCAACGGGCUUAAAAUCGAAAACAAGACGGUCAAAGUUUCAGUCGCCCGGCCAAGCUGUGAGGCUAUCAGAGGAGCCAACCUUUACAUAUGUGGUUUGCCACGCAGUAUGACCAAUGUAGAAUUGGAUGAGUUAUUUAAAUCAUGCGGCAAUAUUAUAACAUCACGCAUUCUUUGCGAGCAAAACAGUGACUGCUCGCGUGGUGUCGCUUUUAUCCGGUUCGACAAGAGGUCAGAGGCCGAGGUUGCGAUAAGUCGCUUCAAUGGAUUCGUUUUGCCAGGAACGAACGAAGGCAUAACCGUCAAGUUCGCCAACUCGCCGGGUCUCUCAUCUGAGGGCAGGAGGUCAGCUUCUUCACGAUCGGCCGCUGGUUCAUCUGGUCAACGUCGAACAAAGUUUACUCAGAGUUCCGGUCAUAAUCAAUCUUCCGUUUGCAAUGAACAUAAGCCUGCAAACAACUGCGGUCAAAAUUUUCCGGAAGUUAAACCUUUUCCUUUCACACCGCCAUUUAGUUUUGGACAGUUAGCAGCCCCGCAGUUCCGAGCGCCUCCAUUUGCAACAGUCCAGCAAAUAAGGAGCGACAUGACUGUCUCGCCCAUCUAUGGCUAUCCUGGCGUCCAUCAGAAUCCAUUUUGGCCAAACUUCCCUCCACCGAUUUACGGGCUGGCCAAUUACGGUGUCUUCCAAAGACCCACUGCGCUCUCAAAGUUCAGGAAUGUUCCCCGCGGAGUGCGCCCGACAUGGGGUGCCAUGACGAAUUGCCCACCAUCAAGAACCUCUAUCCGUCCUCCAUCUUUUGCGAACCGGACAAGGGGACACACAGAACAGGAGAGGACUGACGGCUCACGCGAGUUUUCAGCUACAACUCAGGCUUUGUUAGCACCCGCGUAUGCAGCCAGCUCUGGGGCACUAACUUCAAAUGGAUGGUGCAUUUUUGUGUACAAUCUGGCAGCUGAAACGAAUGACUCAGUGCUAUGGCAACUUUUCGGACCUUUUGGUGCGGUACACGCAGCCAACAUAAUUCAAGAUCCAGUCACGGGUAGGUGUAAGGGCUACGGUUUCGUAAAGAUGGGUAACUACGACGAGGCAGUCGCCGCCAUAAAGGCUCUAAAUGGAUUCAACCUGCACAACAGAAUUCUGCAGGUCUCUUUCAAGACCAACAAGCCGCUCAACCCCUCCGAGGCGUCUGCUGCUCCGGAUAAACGAAAGCCUGUUAAAUUUCAACAAACAUAG